AUGGAGCUGUGGAGCAAGCUGAGGAGCCUCGACGCUUACCCCAAGGUGAACGAGGACUUCUACAGCCGCACCCUCUCCGGCGGACUCAUCACCAUCGUCUCCUCCCUCGCUAUCCUCCUCCUCUUCUUCUCAGAGAUCCGGUUGUAUCUAUAUGCUGCUACAGAGAGUAAGCUCACAGUUGAUACCUCAAGAGGGGAAAGGUUACAUAUCAAUUUUGAUGUUACAUUCCCCGCUCUUCCCUGUUCUCUUGUUGCUAUUGAUACUAUGGAUGUCAGUGGAGAGCAACAUUAUGAUAUAAGACAUGACAUAAUGAAGAAAAGAAUUGAUCAUCUUGGUAAUGUAAUUGAAUCGAGAAAAGAUGGAGUUGGUUCCCCUAAGAUUGAAAGACCAUUGCAGAAUCAUGGUGGAAGGCUUGACCACAAUGAGGUUUACUGUGGGUCUUGUUAUGGUUCCGAAGAGUCAGAUGACCAGUGUUGUAACUCCUGUGAAGAAGUUCGUGAUUCCUAUCGGAAGAAAGGUUGGGCACUCACUAACGUAGAAUCAAUUGAUCAGUGCAAGAGAGAGGGCUUCGUUCAAAGGUUAAAAGACGAACAAGGCGAAGGUUGCAACAUUCAUGGGUUUGUAGAUGUCAAUAAAGUUGCUGGAAAUUUUCACUUUGCCCCAGGAAAAAGCUUGGACCAUGCAUUCAACUUCCUUCAAGAUAUGUUGAACUUCCAGCCAGAAAAUUACAAUAUAAGCCACAAGAUAAACAAACUGUCCUUUGGGAAAGAGUUUCCUGGUGUUAUCAAUCCUCUUGAUGGUGUAGAGUGGAAACAGGAGCAGACAACUGGAUUAACAGGGAUGUACCAGUAUUUUGUGAAGGUUGUUCCUACUAUCUAUACAGAUAUUAGGGGGCGAAAGAUUCACUCAAAUCAGUUUUCUGUGACGGAGCACUUCAGAGAAGCAAUUGGCCUCCCGAGGCCCCCGCCCGGUGUAUAUUUCUUCUACGAAUUUUCACCAAUUCAGGUUGAUUUUACUGAAGAGAACACAUCGCUUCUUCACUUCCUGACAAACAUAUGUGCCAUUGUUGGAGGCAUAUUCACCGUGGCAGGCAUCAUAGAUUCUUUUGUGUACCAUGGUCAUCGUGCGAUCAAGAAGAAGAUGGAGAUCGGAAAGCUGGGGUAA